GCAAAACUAUCAAAUUGAUACGCAGACUAUCGAGGAGCUCUUUGGGCAGCAAGAAGAUACCACCAAGUCUUCUCCUUCUAGGAGAGGAGGAACUUCAAAUUCUUCCUUCAGGGAUGCUAAAGAAGAGUGGGGAAGAGACACAAUUCCCAAUGGACGGCCAACCCAAAAUAAAAAAGAAAAUGAAAAUCAUGAAAAAUUAAAAGAUAAGUCUAUAUUCAAGUAUAAAGAUUUUUUUAAUUUUUGCUUUUCAGAAUAUGAAGUGAGAUUGACAUCAACACUUCUUAGUGUUUCUUGAGUAGACAAGGAAGUCCCCUGUGGCAUACUGAAACCAAAGUAGUUUAAAAGUUUUCUUCUUUCUUUUAAGGUCUUAGGAGCAAAUUUUAUAGUGGAUUGAUAAUAGGUAAAACUAUAAGAAUUGCAGUAGCAGAAAUGAGGAGGGCUUAUUUGGAGGUUUUGGCAACAGGAGUGGGAUAGCUCACCACACAGCCUUUCCUAAGUGGCUAGUCGUUGUGUCUCAGUGCUUCCGAGAGCCACCCAGCUACCCUGGCAUCCCAUGGGGUGACUGUUAUCAUAGCCAUGUCUCCCUCACAUCCUACUGGGAAAUACUUGGGAUGAGUUAAUAAUUAUCUUACAUUUUAGUUCCCCAUGUACAGCUGGAACGGUUUAACUCUUCUGAGGGAGAAUUAGAGUUUUUAAUGGAAAAACAAAUGCACUCUGUAGUACAUUAAUGGGGCCUGACUUCAGUGGUUGUCCUGCCAUUUCCAUUAAAAAAUCCAUAAUCUCCUGGUGUAUCCAGAAGAAGAGGUUAUGGGUUGACUGGACCUAGUGGCAAGUAUAGGGUUCAGGCCCAUUCAGGGACCGGGUUGGUUUAUCUGAGUUGUUGGGGCAGAGUGUCUCCUCUGACAGCUGAGCUUGUGCAGCCAGGGAGGCUCACAGGGAUCCCGAGUGCAGAUUCCACUGCUCUGAAUGAGUCCUGAACACCACCCAAUCCCACAGGGAUUUGUUUCUGAAUUGCCCAGCUUUCAGGAAGUAAGAUAAGCUGAUUUCCGUGUGUGGUGACAAUCCUCUUUACAGACUUUGACAAACAGUUUUAUAACACUGCCUUAGAAGGAUCAAGUAUGAUAACCUUUGAGAAAGAGAGCCCUUGUGCACCAGGCAAAUCUAGGGAUGCCUGAAAAGAAUAGGACUGUCCCUGGAAUGUUGUCAGUUGUCUCAUUUGCAUGUUGUUUGGAUGAGUCCGUGUAAGAUGCUCAGUCAUGGCCAACCCAGGUGCUUUCUCAGAAAUACCACUGAAUUCUUUGCAUCGUUGACUGGUUUCUGAAGCCUGCUUCUAGGUGGGUAAACAGCUGCUUCCUCAGGCUGUGGCUGCUCCUAUAGGACAAGAGGAAUUCUCAGGCUCCUCACCAUCUUGGCUGCUGGGAACAUGAUCUCUGUCUAUCACCCCACAGAUACAACUCUGGGGCCACCAGGCCAGUGGAGCAACAUUGGCCACAUCUCUAUAGAAAGCGCAGAGAUACUAAAACUCACAGGAAACAGUCAAAAGGAAUCAGAGUCCCAGAUUACUAUCUUGGAUGCAAAACGGAGCAUGAACAUUGGGAUAUUCCUUAAGCAGUUCAAGAAGUCUCCUCAGUCCAUUGUAGAAGAUAUUCAUCAAGGAAAAAGUGAGCAUUAUGGAUCAGAGACAUUGCAAGAACUUCUUAAACUUUUGCCAGAAUCAGAAGAGGUAAAGAAAUUAAAAACAUUUAGUGGAGACGUGUCCAAGCUGUCCCUGGCAGACUCCUUUAUGCAUUACCUAAUUCAGGUGCCAAACUACACACUUCGGAUUGACGCAAUGGUGCUAAAGAAGGAAUUUUUACCUUCUUGUUCUUCUCUGUUUACAAAUAUAACAAUUUUAAGAACUGCUACAAAAGAGCUAAUGUCCUGUGAGGAGCUACAUUCUAUAUUACACUUGGUGCUCCAGGCUGGGAAUAUCAUGAAUGCAGGAGGGUAUGCUGGCAAUGCAGUGGGGUUUAAACUGUCUUCUUUGCUCAAAUUGGCAGACACAAAAGCCAACAAACCUGGGAUGAAUCUUCUGCACUUUGUCGCACAGGAAGCCCAAAAGAAAGAUGCCGGUCUUCUAAACUUUUCAGAAAAAUUGUAUCACGUUCAGGAGGCUGCUAGAUUAUCUCUGGAUAACAUGGAGGCAGAACUGCACUCAUUGUUUGUCAGGACAAGAGUCCUAAAGGAAAACAUCCAGAGGGAUGGUGAACUUUGUCAGCAGAUGGAAGAUUUCCUUCAGUUUGCUGUAGAAAAGCUGACAGAACUGGAUCACUGGAAACAAGAGCUCCAGGACGAGGCCCACACCCUUAUAGAUUUUUUCUGUGAAGACAAAGAAACCAUGAAACUGGAUGAAUGCCUUCAGAUAUUUAGAGACUUUUGUACCAAAUUCAACAAAGCAGUUAAGGAUAACCAUGACCGAGAGGUGCAGGAAGUGAGGCAGCUGCAGCGGCUGAGGGAGCUGGAGCAGAAGCGGCGUUCCUGGGCAGCUGGGGAGCUUGGAGGAUUUGGCCGCAGCAGCAGUGAGAACGACGUAGAGCUGCUGACCAAGAAGGGCACGGAGGACCUGCUCCCCUUCCUGCACCUGAGGCCCAUGAGCCCCUCCUACCGGCCCCCCAACACCCGCCGCUCCCGCCUCUCCCUGGGCAUCGCCACUGACCGGGAGCUGCUGACCUUCCUGGAGAGCUCCACCGACAACCCAGAGGAGUCCAAGAAGUUCAACAGCUUACCCCGCAGCAGCCCCUGGCAGGCCCGGCCCACAAUAGCCUGGAUGGAGCCUGGAGAACCAAGGGACCUCAACUCCAAACUUGCACACGGACUUCAGGCCUGGGGGACCCAGGAGGAAGCCCCCAACCCAUCCUUAGCAUCCUCGGUGUCCCACCCACCAUCCCAGAGCCCAGACCCCAGGCUGGGUGAUCGUGGCUCUGCCGUCCCCCAAGUGCCACGCGGUAGGGUGGGCAUCCUCCAAAAGAGGAACAGUGAGCCUGUGGGCCUGGUUCCUGCCCAGUCCCCUCCAUUCUCACCAUUGGCUCUGGGGAUUAAGGAGCAUGAGUUGGUGACCGGGCUGGCCCAGUUUGACCUGCAGGGUCCCAAGAGCCCAGAGGAGACGUGCCCACAGCCCCUGAAUGAUUUGAACCGAGUGGAACGGGCAUCUCUGGAGGGUGGGAGCCUGCAGCCCCACAGUACCGGCGAUGACGGCCUGAGGCCGAUGGGUGGAGGUGCCCAGGGGGGUCUUGUCCCAGGCACAGAAGGUGGCGGUGCUGCCCCUGACGAGCCUGGCAGUGCGGCUCUGGUACCCGUGGGUAGCGGUGACCUUGAGAACCAAGACCCUAGCCCGCUGUUCUACAUCUCAGACACCACCGACAGCUCGCUGACCCUUGACUGCUCAGGAAGAACCGAUUCCAGACCUAGUGGCGAAGAGCCGGAAGAAGCAGCGAAAGGGGACCGCUCUGUGUCCUCUGGGGCUGGGGAGGCAGGGGACAGCCAGGCCUCCUCCCACCCUGCCCCCAGCCUCCCCGGGGAGGCUCCCGCCUCAGUCUCCGAGAGGAGCCGGCCCAGCAGCAAAGGCGGCUUUCCCAGGGGCAGAACCGUGAAAGGUAAAGAUGUGACAGCACCAAAGAGAAGCUCCCUCCGAGAGGCGUCCGCAGGGGGCUCCAAACCCGGGGGUGUGCAGCGGAGCCAGGGGACGGCGCCCAGACACGUGCGGACCCUGCACGCCUCGGAGAACGAGAGCAUGCGCAAGGUCGUGCCCAUCUCCAAAUCCAGUAGGGGCUCUGGGGGCUGGAAGCGGCCCGAGCCUGCAUCCCGGGGGGCGUCUCGGGAGACCCCCAGCAGCGCAGACACGCUGCAGUCGCGCCGGAGCUCCGCGCGCGGGGCCGCCGACACCUCCGCCAGGAGGCCCUCGGUGGGGGAGGAUCAGCGGCCGCCGCGGGGGCGAACUGCCUCGGGCAGCGGCCUCCGGGUGAAGGAAUCCCCCCUGCAGCCCGGGGGCUCUCCCAGGAAGCCCAGCGCCAAACCCCUCAGGAACGUCGCCAGGCAGAAGCCUGAGGAGAACAAGAUCUGCCGCCCCAACUCCCAAGGUCCGGAGAGCCCCGAAGAAGAGCCCAAGACCCCGCCGGCCCCCAGCGUCACGGCUCUUCCACCCCCGGUGCCGAGCUUUGCCCGAAACACGGUCGCCUCCUCAUUCCGGUGCGUGAGAACAGAUCCCCCCACUGUGGCCAAAACCCAGGGCAUCACGCGGACGGUCUCGCAGCGGCAGCUGAGGGUGAAGGGUGGCCCCGGGGAUGCCGCCCCUAAGGACAGUAGCACCCUGAGGCGGGCCAGUAGUGCCCGCACCCCAAAGAAGUGCCCGGAGUCUGCUGAGGGUCCCAGUGCCAACGUGGAGACCCCUGUAAAGGGCAGAGAGGCUGGGGAAGGGGCCUCACUCAGACUGAAAAACUCUAGUCGGACCACAUUGGGAAAAAUACUGAAUCCAUUACGGAAGUGAUGGGUGUCUGCCCUCCUCUCUCACCUCCUGGGGUUCAGAUGGUGAGGACUGACUUAUGGGGAAGAAGCCAGCACUAAAUGUCUUUUCCACAUAAAGCAAUCCUCUGGUGCCACCUGCUAACGGUCAUGUCACUAAAGGUAUGGUCUUGGAGGCCAGGGGUAAGUGCAGUCUGCUCUGCUGACUCCUGCUGUAAAAUCCAGAGUCCAGUGCUCAUUUGUUGCUAGGAUGGGCCCAGCACCUCCCUCACGCACCCAAGAUUUGUUUGUGGGUCUGAGAGUGGAUGUGAGCACAUCCCCUUCCCCCAAAACAAAGAUCCUGUGAAAGACUUGGACAUGUAAGAUGACAUUCUUAUAUAACCAGUGAAAAUACUUUUGGGCCAGUUUUUCUAUAUCAAAGACUUAUUUUUUUAGUAUUAUAAAAAUGAAAUGCUUAGUUGGUUCGUUAUGCAUAGAGAAAUGCCUCCCAGGAAAAAAAAAAAGAGAGAGAGAAAAAAAUACCCUCAAUAUGAAGAUAUUUUUAUCUUCCUUAGUUCCCUGGCCUCAGGGAUCUUACUACCCUCCUCCUCCGUCCAUUACUGGCAACUAGACUUAUCUGCGAGCCUUGGGCUUUUUGUGAUUCGCUCCUUCACCUUAAACAAUUUCUGGCUUGCUCAUUUCUCCUUACGUGACUUUGGGUGAGAGUUGGCGUGUAAAGAGGAAGGAAGAACAGACCCUGGUGGAGAGAAAUCAGAUUCUCCUUUAUGUUCAAGGCCGGCACCAUUGGAAUUGGGCCAUGAGCUGUGUGGGGCUGCAUGCCAGAAUUUACAAGUGCCAUAUUUUAAUGGGACAUCUAUCAGAGAUGGUUCAGCUGAGCACAUCUUUCCCAUUCCAUGUUUUCCCAUUUGUGUAUCUGUUGUAAAACUGAGUAAUGGCUGCUAUGACUUGUGUUCACUAUGGUUUCAGAGAACAAACCCUGGUCUUUCUUCUCUCCCCUUAUCCCUCUCUCCUUGUCUGCUACCCAGCCCUUUUUUCUUUUCUGAUGUGAUCUGGAGCCUAGAGAUUCUCCCUCUCCUUUGAGCCAUGAUGCUUUUUAAUUUAGCCAUCUAUCUAGUGGUCUUCAAUCUAAGAAAAGCCAAAUCAAGUUUUUAAAAACAACCUUCCCUCCCCCAAAAUAAAAUUGCUUUCAGAAGAAUUUAUAUCAUUAGGAAAAGCUUGGGGAAAAAUCAGCCUUCAUUCAAAAGAAGGGAGAAAAUAUAUCUCUUCAACCCAAUAUCCAUUUCACUACUUCCCACUGAGACUAUAUGGGAAAUGGGGGAUUUUUGAAACUCUUGGUUUUUAAAAGUACCCCCUCCCCUUUUUUUAAAUUCAUUUUUGUGCACUUAUUAAUGAAACCUUAUUUUAGAUACAGCAGUGGUAGAUGAAUUUAAGCAAAUAUAUAUUUAUGAUGUAUCCGUGCAAUUAAUGUUAUGGUUUCCCUCCUGUAGAAUUUUGCCUUCCAUCCAAAUUAAUUGGAAACCUCGAGCUUCCAUAAGUCAGCUGAUUGAAAAGGUAAACUUACUUUGUGGUUAAAGGAGUAAGGCACCUGACCACUAAACCUCUUAUAAAAAUAGCCCUAAGUAGAUACUUCCAGGGCUCCACAAAGAUGUUUAUGGGAAUCCUGGAGCUGUUUUCCACCAUCUCAAAAGACUUAAGUAGUCAUACAUUUAACCAGACAGACAAAAACUUUCAAAACACGGGUGGGUGGGAAAUGAAUGAAAGAAGUCACACAUUUUGGAUUUUGGAUAGUAAAAGGGUCAGGACUACACACAGAGGGGCCUUGGGAACUGAGGUCUAAGUUCCCCCUCUAACGUAGAUGCUGUGUGUCUGUGGCAAGUCACCUAAUCUCCCUAAGCUGCUGCUUCCCUGUCUCCAGAAGUCGUGGGGUGGCCUUGAGGGUGGUUUCCGAGGUCCAUUCCAGCUCUGAGAUCCGAAGUCAUAUUAAAUAACCGAGCAUCCACUCCUGCCUUAGAAUCGGCUUUUCAGAACCAUCUCCAUCUUCAGCUUCAUUUAAAGUUUCAUUCAGAAGAAAGUACCUUCAGAAUUUCAAUGAGCUGUUGUUUUCUAAUCUAAUAAACUGAGUUUUCUGAGAAGGGGUGUUUUACUUAGCCCUAUGUAAGACUUCCUGUGUAUACAUCUGUGUGAGCAGGUGAUCAUUCUAUUACCUUUUAUCGGUAGUAAGCUUGGAAAAAUAAUUUAAGUAUAUAAUGGAGAAGUGUACAUAAGUUUCUAUAUAAAUUUAAGAUGAACUGAAUGUAUUUAAUGGUCCAUUUAUAUGUUCUUUUACCUAACAUGUAGUUUUAAUAAAGUUC